GAGACUCCUCAUUCUGGAACAAGGAGGCUUACCGAUCAGAAUUCUCCGCUCGUUCUGUUUGUGAACUUGUGCUUUGGAUCUGGGGCUUCGAGAUACGCAUCCGAACUGCGUCGAUUCGUUCGAAUUUCCAUUUAUCUUCCCUACUGAAUAUUGUCAAGUAUGACUUGAGGCGGGAGUAUAAGUUGUCUGAUAGAGAUGAGGUCGUUAAAUGACUCGGGGGGACGACAUCGCGUGGACAGGGCGACCAGUCCGCUACCACGUCGCCCAGCUGUGGAUCCAGUCCAAGAAUUGAAAGCGCUUUUCGCCGAACCAUCCUCGAGGCUUUCGAACGGCGCCAAGGAUCAAGAUUAUCGAACGGAGGCCAUCCAAUGUCUCCAGACCAUCGAGGUUCCGGAGAACGAUGAUUUACCGGACAGAGGCAGCUGGAAUAGCAAGAUCGAGUUCAUCCUGUCGGUAGUUGGCCUAGCUAUCGGCCUUGGCAAUCUAUGGCGUUUUCCUUACUUGUGCUACAAGAAUGGCGGCGGUGCUUUCAUGGUGCCUUACUUCAUCGCCUUGGCUCUUGCCGGGGUGCCCAUGUUUUUCAUGGAACUUUCUCUCGGUCAAAUGAUGACCAUAGGAGGCCUCGGGGUCUUCCAGAUUGCUCCCAUUUUCAAAGGGAUCGGAUACGCCUCCUGCGUUCUGUCAUGCUGGACGAAUAUCUACUACAUAGUUAUCCUGGCGUGGGCAUUGUUUUAUUUUCUGGCAUCACUCCGAUCUGAUGUGCCAUGGAGAUCUUGCGGUAAUUCGUGGAACACUGGAUACUGCAUAACACCGAUAGACCGUUUGGAAGCGAAUUGUUGGAACGAAAGUCAAGUUACACUUUGCGACACACCUAUGGGGAAUGUAACGGCAAAUUUGCUCACAGAUCCGGUCAAGGAAUUCUGGGAACGGCGAGCUCUCCAAAUCUCGGAGGGUGUUGACCACGUCGGUGGAAUAAGGUGGGAAUUGGCGGGCACGUUGGGUGUCGUUUGGAUCAUGUGCUACUUCUGCAUAUGGAAAGGCGUCAAAUGGACGGGAAAAGUUGUCUACUUUACGUCGCUUUUUCCGUACGCUCUGCUGGCUAUCCUACUGGUCAGAGGUUUGACUUUACCAGGAGCCAUGGAAGGUCUUAGAUACUACGUCACGCCCAAUCUGUCAAAGCUUGGCGAACCCGAGGUUUGGAUAGACGCCGUAACACAAAUCUUCUACUCCUACGCUUUAGGGGUGGGCGCACUCGUAGCUCUUGGUAGUUAUAACAAGUUCAACAACAACGUCUACAAGGAUGCACUGAUAGUGUGUACAAUAAAUUCAUGUACAAGUAUGUUGAGCGGAGUGGUCAUAUUUUCGGUGGUUGGUUUUAUGGCCCAUGAACAACAGAAACCCGUGGCAGACGUUGCAGCAUCGGGUCCAGGGUUAGCCUUUUUGGUCUACCCCUCAGCAGUGCUACAGUUACCUGGAACCCCCGUGUGGUCGUGCCUCUUUUUCUUUAUGUUGAUUCUUAUCGGACUGGAUAGUCAGUUUUGUACGGUUGAAGGAUUUAUUACGGCGGCAGUGGAUGAGUGGCCUCGACUACUGAGAAAACGAAAGGAAAUCUUCAUUGCACUCGUUUGUUUUUUAUCCUUCCUGGUCGGGCUUCCAUGCGUUACCGAAGGGGGAAUGUACGUCUUUCAACUCCUAGACUCGUACGCCGUUAGCGGAUUUUGUCUAUUGUUCUUAAUGUUCUUCGAAUGCGUUGCUGUAUCCUGGGCCUUUGGUGUGAACCGCUUUUACGACGGAAUUCGAGAUAUGAUCGGUUACUACCCUUGUUUUUGGUGGAAAAUAUGUUGGACGGUUACUACUCCAGCCAUCUGCGUGGGUGUAUUCAUUUUCAACGUUAUCAAAUUUGUACCAGUCAAGUACCUUGCAUACGAAUAUCCAUGGUGGAGUCACCUGUUGGGCUGGCUUACCGGGUUGUCUUCGAUGCUGUGCAUCCCUGGCUACAUGAUUUACAUCUGGUGCGUCACUCCGGGCACCUCUCGAGAGAAAUUCCGCAAACUGGUCAGGAUAGAUGACGACAUUGCAACCUUGCGAAAAAAGUUGAAUCCAACGAAAAUCGUGACAAUAAAGAAAGAUCAGUUUCAGUUUUAGAAUCGUAUUUUAUUAUACGUUUGUUCGUGAACUACAAUCUGAUGCGCAUAAUGCAGCUGGGUAUAUUGCCCUCAAUUUGAUGCUAAUCUCGCUACUUGUACUCGCGCGUGGUGCAGAUUAUGUUAUAACAAUAACUAUCUAUCAAAUACGCAAGGCAUAACUUACGUUACGCUGAGAUAUGUUAUGCGAUAAUAUGACUUUCGAAAUUAGGGUUGUAGUUUGAAAUUUUAUCCUAUGGAAGUUACAGAAUCGGGCUCGAAACCGUAAUGAUAUUUCUAUUACGACGCAUGUACUCCAGCAUUGAGUUCCCUGCGUUACGAACGCUAAUAGGUAUUCUUAUUUCCCUCGGCGGUUGUCUUUGUUCUAAACCAGAAGCAAUUAAUUCGCUCCAACAGUCGUAUUCAAGGCUAUCCCAUUUUGUAUGAAUGCGCCGCUCAACGUGGAAUAAGUGCUACUAUUUGCCAUCGAACGCACAUGUUGGGAUAAUAUCGGAAGAUUUUUCCGCGAAUUACGAUUAACGUUUAUUGAGAAAAAUCUCAUCUAUCGCGAUAUUGGAGACAGUUGCCAAGAUGCAGGAAGUUGAAUACAAUUUUAAGAAUGCUAAUGCUGAUUUAGGAAAACAUACACACACACGGAAAUAAAUAUUCAAGUCAGUCUGUGACGUGAAAACUCGGUUGUAAAAUAAAAUUAACAAUUUUUUCCAGAUAAAAUUAUACGUUUUAUUAGCUCGAGAUAGAAUUAAAUUCCACACGUAUGUAUACCUAAGAAGAAUUCGUUGAGUAAACUAGAUUUUAUCGCUUA